UAUCAAUCCAACUUCUUCCUGGGACCGUUACGUUUCAUCCUUCCACCUACAGUGCAAUUCUAUCUUAUCGAAGAAGUGAAAAAUUUGCUAGCUUGGAGCCUGGCCACUAAUUGUACUGACCCCCCGGGUAGAGUAAUAGGGUGGUCCGAUAGAUGGCUAAAAAAGCAAUUCGAAGAUCAUUGCUGUUAACCAACGGAUCUGGGUUGAAACCACCGAAAACGAUGCAUUAUCGAAGAGAGGGGAAACAAUAAUCGCAGUGACCCAUGGUGACGCCACAGUUCAUAUAGGUGCCGGUUCGGUUUCAACCCACACCGCUGCGGUGACCUUCGCCGGGGGCUCGGUAUUUAAAAAGCGCUACCGAUACGGGACAAGGUAGUCAGAUCCUUGACGUUUCCCUUAGUACCACAACCAUGUACAAGUUCCUGCUCAUUGCUGCCCUGCUGCCGGCCAUCGUCUUCGGCCAGACCCCGUUCCGACCAUGCUCGGGUGGCAGGCCAACUCCGGCUUCGCUCAACAUUGAAGGAUGCACGGCUCUGCCCUGCACGAUCACGUCCGGAGCUCCGCUGGUUGCCCGCGGCAUCGGCAUCGUGUCGCCGGUCGCCACCCCCACCCUGACGGCUCAUCUGACUGCCCGCCUGCUCGGAUUGGACGUCGGUUUCGACAUCCCGGAGGAGCUGCGGGACGCUUGCGCCGUUGGCAUUUCGGGUGCUUCCUGCCCGAUCGCCGCCGGCCAGUCGUUCGACUACGAGCUGAACUAUGCCAUGGAGCUGCCGCUGGUCGGCAUUACCGUGCAGGUUGAGGUUGGUCUGACCGCUGCUGACGGCAGUGCCGUGACCUGCGUCGAAAUCGAUGCAGCGAUCGUCGGUUAAAGCAAAGCAAACCCAGUUCUCCAUUAUUAACACUACUUUCCUCCGUAAUAAACCUUUCUGAGCCAUCACAGUAA